UCUCUAUAAACUCUCCGUGAUGCCCACAAUUCCUCCAAUUCGUGCCUCUUGCAUUUUCAUAAUUUCCAACGUCCCACCGACCUCAGCUAUUGGUUCUUAAGCUCUAGAAUUCCUCCCUACAUCAAUCCUUUACUCCCAUUCCUCUUGGUUCUCUCACGUAAUUUAUCCUUUAUUAUUCUCCAGUCUCCUACAAGGGGUCCCGGGGAUAUUUACCAUCGCACAUCGGCUGUCAGUGAGGGCGGACUGCGGUGCGGUACGGAACGGCGUGAGGACCGCAAAGCACGGUGGCCAGUGCGCGUGCGCGCCGGCAGCAUCGCGACCGGGGCCCUGAACGCAGGAAUAGUAAUAACGAUGAGCUCGGCGCUGGAGAAGCCGCAAAUCAUAGCGCACAUCCAGAAGUCGCUCAACUACACCCUAUUCGACUGCAAAUGGAUCCCGUGCAGCGCCAAGUUCGUAUGCAUGGGCAACUUCGCCAGGGGCACGGGCGUGAUGCAGAUUUAUGAGGUGUCUCACGGGGAUCUGGUGCUGGUGAAAGAGAUUGAGAAAUCAAAACCCAUAAAAUGUGGCACCUUUGGAGCUGCCUCUUUGCAGCAACGUUAUUUGUCUACAGGAGACUUUGAGGGAAACCUCAAUAUUUGGAAUCUAGAGGCUCCAGAAUCGCCAGUCUAUUCAGUAAAAGCUCACAAGGAGAUUAUAAACAGCAUUGAUGGAGUAGGAGGCUUGGGAAUUGGGGAAGGAGCUCCAGAAGUGGUUACUGGCAGCAGGGAUGGAAUGGUAAAAGUCUGGGAUCCCAGACAAAAAGACACUCCUGUAGCCAAUAUGCAGCCUGCAGAUGGAGAUAACCAACGGGAUUGUUGGACUGUGGCAUUCGGUCAUGCAUACAAUCAACAGGAGCGGUGUGUGUGUGCAGGAUAUGACAAUGGAGAUAUCAAGCUAUUUGACCUAAGAAUGAUGUCACUCCGGUGGGAGAAGAACAUCAGGAAUGGGGUUUGUUCUGUUGAAUUUGACCGAAAAGAUAUCACUAUGAAUAAGCUGGUGGCCACUUCCUUAGAGGGGAAAUUCCACGUGUUUGACAUGCGGACCGAACACCCAACUAAGGGUUUUGCUUCAGUUAGUGAAAAGGCGUAUAAAUCCACUGUAUGGCAGGUCCGUCACUUGCCACAAAAUAGAGAUAUCUUCAUGACAGCAGGAGGAGCUGGCAACCUGCAUCUUUGGAAAUAUGAAUAUCCAGCCCAACGCUCAAAGAAGGACUCUGAGAGUGUGGAUAUGGGAGUUGCUGGCACAGUCACACUGCUUCAAAAUGUCACCAUCUCCACCCAGCCCAUAUCGAGCCUUGAUUGGAGUCCAGAUAAGCAGGGCCUAUGUGUUUGCACUGCAUUUGACCAAACUGUGAGAGUUUUAAUUGCAACUAAGCUUAACCAAGUGUAAGGUUAUACUAAGCUAUUGCACAAAUUAUUAUCCAUGCAAAGGUGAAAUAUGCCCUUUGUGGAAAUAGAGGAGGAUUGUAUAGAGAAUAAUAGAGGGUUCUUUUUGUCUUGGAAAACAUAAAAUAGACAGUUUAACUUAUUUACUUAGUCACAUCCCUUUACAAGAUAAUUGAACCAAUAAUCCACCACCUUUUGAUAGGGAGGAUGCUGUUGUACUGCAUCAUCAGCCAACAGGAGUCACUGAGGUGAAUCAUCCACAUGUUGUUAUGGAUUAACUGUUUUCUUCUCAUGGCACUCCAUCUAGUGGUCUCAAAUAAAAUGUUUCACUAGAAGCUUAAAUUCUAGUAGGUAGUUCAUCACACAAGUCCCUUGUAGAAUGUGCUUCCAGUUUGAAAUAUAUUUGAGUUACAUUAUAGGAAAAUAAUACUAUAUAAUGUACAGUUUUUAAGUAAAUACUUUUCUGAAAAGUCCAGAAACAUGGUGUGAAAGCAAAUAUUCUCAAUUAAAUUUUCAGUAAAAAAAACUUAAAAGGCUUGGAAUCUUUUUGUGUAAUACGUACAAUGAAAUGGUGUGGCAUUACAAGACCAUUUAGCUUUGGAGAAUGUAUUAAAAUUGAAUCUGAAUAUGCAAUGGUGAAAGCUUCUAUAUUAUAUAAAUAAAAGUACCAACACAAACAUGAGGCUUCCUCCUCCUAAGCACAAUAAAACAAAGCCCCACUCUUUCUCCCUUUCCUGAAGUUAGAAAACUGGCAAACUUCAUGAAAGAAUUUUGAUCUGAUAGAAAAGAAAUUGAUUUGUAAUUUUGCUAAAACAUUGCAUAUUUACCUUGUGUACAUUGUAAAGCCAGUUUUCUGUUGAUGCUUCAUUGUUAUUGGUGAAGGCUUGGAUAGAGCUAAACUUUUCAAUGUUUUUCACUAAACUCUGAUAGAAUAAAUGACUUUAAAAUUUAUUUUAUCUACAAUUGUAAGUAAUUCAAAUCAAAAAUAUCUUGUUUUCCUAUUUUUGAUUUAAAGGUAUUUUAAUUUGAUCAUAUUUUGUACAGUUUGAAAGUUUUCAAUUAUCUGUUACACUUCAUAACUAAACAAUGUGAAAUGUAAAAAUGUAUUAAAAUGGCUUUUGGAUUUUUGGUGAAGUAAUACCUCAUAUGUUACCUGCAUUACUUGGUCAGCUGAGUAUUUAACAUGGGUGAUGUUUUAAACAAUUACAAAAACAUAUAUUACUUUCAAAGUAUACUGUAGUUAUCAUUAUUGAUAUGGUGUAGGCUACUGUAGUGAAUAAAUGAUCAGCUCUUUUGUUUUACUGA